AUGGCAACCAAUGGCCAUUUUGCCCCCAUUGGCAGCGACAGCAGCGACAAGACGACAUAUGAGCAUGGAGUCCAAGUAAUAGACGAGAACAAGGAAUUUAAUACGAACCUAUCCAAGUACUUGAGCUUCGAAAAUGUCGCGCCGGCCGGUUUUAAUUACCAUCUCAUUUCGGUCUUCGGAUCCCAGUCAACUGGAAAGUCAACCCUCCUUAACCACCUCUUCGGCACCCACUUCUCCGUCAUGGCCGAAACGGAACGGCGUCAGACUACCAAGGGUAUUUGGCUGUCCAAGAACAAGAACGGCGACGGCAAAUCGAUGGCGGAUAACAUCCUGGUAAUGGAUGUGGAGGGUACUGAUGGGCGCGAGCGGGGAGAAGACCAGGACUUUGAGCGCAAGAGCGCGCUGUUUGCGCUUGCGACCAGCGAGGUUCUUAUUGUCAACAUCUGGGAACACCAAGUUGGUCUGUACCAAGGUGCCAAUAUGGGCUUGCUCAAGACAGUAUUUGAGGUCAACCUGCAGUUGUUCUUGAAGGACAAAAACACCACCCACCGUUCACUUCUUUUCUUUGUGAUCCGUGACUUCGUUGGCACCACGCCGCUCAAGGCUCUGCAGAAGACAUUGAUGGAAGACAUGUCCCGCCUCUGGGACUCGAUCUCCAAGCCGUCGGGUUUGGAGCGCUCGACCGUGUUUGACUACUUCGACUUCCAGUUCUACGGACUCCCUCAUAAGAGCUACCAGCCGGAGAGAUUUGUCGAGGAGACCAAGAAGCUCAGCCUCCGAUUCCGCGAAGGACAAAAGGAUGCGACGCUAAAUGCGCAGAACGGUGAGUUCUCAGAGGGCGGUGUUUUCCUCCCGGAGUACCACCGCCGCAUCCCCGCAGAUGGAUUCUCGGUGUAUGCGGAAGGAAUUUGGGACCAGAUUGUCAACAACAAAGACUUGGACUUGCCGACUCAGCAAGAACUACUUGCCCAGUUCCGUUGUGAUGAGAUUCUCAGAGAGGUCAUGAUCGCUUUUGAUGAGGCCAUCGUUCCUUUUGAAGACAAGCAAUCUCAGGCUUCUCGUCUUGGGGAGCCCGAAGUGCUUGGAGGGUUGGGUGCAGCCAUGCGAUCAGCACGUGCAAAAGCGACGAAGAAUUUUGAGACUGAGGCGAGCCGCUACCAUAAAGGAGUCUACCAGCGGAAGCGAGCAGAACUUGAGGACAAAGUCGACACCCGUUUAAAGGCCCUCCUUCAGGGCCAACUCAAUGCCGCCCACAAGUCCGGCAUCAACGAGUUCAGCGAAGCUGUCACUGCUGAGGUGAAAGCAGGACAGAAGAAGGGCACAGGAUACGACUUUGCCGAGAUUGUCAACGACGAGGUGAAGAAAGCCCUUGAGAAGUAUGAAGAAGUCGCCCGUGCAACCGUGGUAGAGGGGACGGCUUGGAGCGAUUAUAAGCAAGAAUUCGCGCUGUACGAGAAGGAGCUUUCAGAAGUCAGCGCCCGGCUGAGGAGGGAGGAGAUGAGACGGCUAGCGACUCGCGUAGAGCGAUGGGUUCAGUCUCGUUUGGGUGAGUCUGUUGGCUUGGAAUUCAACGCGCUUGGAUCUGGACGUGCUGGUGGCGGUGCACCUGAAUCGGGCGAGAAGCCGACGGAGAAGAAGUUUUGGGACCGUGUAUGGAACGUCUUUGUCGAGACAGUUCUUGAUGCCGAGAGAAGAUUCACGGACCGCGCUAGCAGCUUCGAUGCCAGUUUGGAGGAGGUGGAUGUUGGACUGUGGAGACUGCGACGGAAAUCUUGGGGUGUUUUGCGCUCCAAGAUCGAAGAGGAGAUGAUGGAAGGCAAUCUGCUGCUGAAGCUGCGGGAGAACUUUGAAGACAAGUUCCGCUACGAUGAAGCCGGCGUUCCAAGGAUUUGGCGGCCAACGGACGAUAUUGAGGGCAUCUACACGCGAGCGCGUGAGUCGACAUUGACAUUGAUACCUCUUCUCUCCCGAUUCCGACUAGCUGAAACCUCGGCGCCGCCGCCAUUAGACCGCUGGGUCGGACAUACACCCAGCUCAGCGACUCCCGCGGAUGAGGAAGAUCUGCCGCCCAUUGGUGGCGUGGAUGAAGAUGAAGGCAAGAGCCUUGAGGAGGAAAUGACCAUUCUUGGCGAUGCGAAACGCCAGGAGCUUACAGUGAGAUUCAAGAAGGCCGCGGACGGGGUGUACGUGGAGGCAAAGCGGAGUGCAAUUGGAGGCAUGACACAGGUUCCCUUGUAUUUCUAUGGUAUCCUCCUUGCUCUCGGCUGGAACGAGAUUGUUGCUGUUCUCCGCAACCCGGCCUACUUCUUCCUGCUCUUCUUAUGCGCUGUCGGCGCGUACGUCACUUAUCAGCUCAACUUGUGGGGACCGAUCAUCAAGAUGACAGAAGCAGCAUCAAACCAAGCGAUGAUUGAGGGUAAGCGUCGGCUGCGCGAGUUCCUCGAAUCUUCAGAUACCGGGCGCCAGGCCAUUGCCAUGUCAAGCUCUGGCUCUUCACGAGAAGAGCACGAGAUGUCGCGACUCAACAAGCAGGGAAAGUCUUCGACGGACGAAGACACCUCGUCAGGUGGCAUUGGUUUUGUAAAUGCACUUCUCCGCUCAGUGGCGGACUUGCUCCGAGCCCCCCGGACCAUCUCCCCCACUUCCCUUGGUUUGCUUUAUGUAGAUGCGGGACAGUGGACUGCUUUCUUGGAAGUUGACGUUGAUUUCUAUCAACCUGCUGUGCUACACACUGCUCAAUACUUCAUCAACGCCAGACUACGCCCAACUCACUUUACUGGCCAGCUCAACAUGGCUACGUUUGACCUACCCGAGACGUUCGAUGAUCUCCCCAACAAGCUCCAAUACUGGCCUGCGCCCAAAGGCUCGCCCGAAGAGGGCCUGGGUAUGCUCCGCAUCCUAACGCCGGACAUUGUUGCCAACGCGGCACGACAAAUCCAAACCGGCGAGCGUGUAUGUCUGAACUGGGACAUCGAGAACCUGAACCCGCCAGGGUUCAAACGCAAGCCCUUUGAGCACAAGAUCAAAUGGGUCGCGGAAGGCGUGGCCUUUGACGACGAAUACCACUUCAACCCACAGCAGUCAUCUCAAUGGGACGGCCUCCGUCACCACAACCAGCCCGCACCGACAACCGAAGACCCCAACCGCCGCCUCUUCCACGGAGGCACAACCGCAGAGGAAAUCCAGAACCCAAAGAACCCCCGCAUUGGAAUGGGCUACUGGGCGAAGAAGGGCAUCGCAGGACGCGGAGUGCUAAUCGAUUUCGUCUCGUGGGCCGAAAAGAAGGGCAUCGCCAUCAACGCCCUAACGCAGCAAGUGGUCUCACUGGACACAGUCCACGAGAUCGCACGCGAGUGUAAGAUCGAGUUCCAGCGCGGCGACAUCUUCUUCCUCCGCGUUGGUCUCCCGCAGACAUGGGGCGCCAUGACCGACGAGCAGAAGCAGGCGUACAGCCAGCAGGCCAUGCCGAAGCAUGCGGGGAUCGAGCAGAGCGAGCGCGUGCUGCGGUUCUUCUGGGACAACCACUUUGCGGUGGUUGCGUCGGACGCGGUUAGCUUUGAGGUGUUCCCGCCGCUUAAGCCGGAGUUUGACCUGCAUCAUCAUAUGCUUGCCGGGUGGGGGGUGCCGAUCGGCGAGAUGUUUGAUCUGGAUGGGCUGGCGGAGAUGUGUAGGCAGCAUGGCCGCUGGACGUUCUUUGUCUCGAGCAGUCCGUUGAAUUGUGCGAAUGGGGUGUCGAGUCCGCCGAACGCGAUGGCUAUUUUUUGA